AUGGAGGUUUUCCACGAGUAUGUCGCGGUUGUGAAGGACUAUGCCUUUCCAAUUGCCGGCAUGUUGCUAGUCCUGUACCCUGCUGCUUUGAUGGCCUGGACAAUCGUUGAGGGUACCAACUCGAAGAAGGAGCGAGAUGAUGCCUGCCAGGAGCAGGUUGGAAAGCUCAAGGAAGAGUUCCAGAAGCCGCAGAAGCUCGAAAAGACCCGGGAAGGAGUCACCUGGACUCAUGCAGCCAAGUGUUUCAAGAGGCGAAACAGCAGCCUGGUCACUGGUAUUGCAGUCGUCUUCGCCCUUGUGGCAUCCAGACAAUUAAUUUCUUGCUUCGUCUCCAUGCCGGUGAUGAAACCCGCUCCGCCUCAGAUGGGACAGGAGGGACACCCUCAUCUGGGCACAGCCUGGCUUGCGAUGGACUGCAAGCCCAUCGUAGCAGCCUUUUCUGCCGCAGCUGCCGCCGGCCUGGCUAUUAGGCGGCUCUCUCUUCCGCGUCCGUGCCAGGCAUGGGCGCUUGGUCAGCGAGGUCGCGCCACCCAGCGCUGUGCGACCUUCGCAAAGUCAACAGACGUUACCCAGCCGUGCUUGUUCGAUCGACAACUUUCGGGGCCGUGGACCGCAGCAGAAGCACCAAAAGCGCCUGAGGAGACCCACAGCAGCCCCGACGAUCAGCCAUCUCUGUGGCACGAUGUCGACCUUUAUGUAAAGUCGUGGCUGGAUGAGCCCACCUCACUCCUGCGUUACGUCAACGAAAUGCCGAUGGGCACGCUCCGAAAGUAUGAGGUACAGCCCGAUGCUCCAAACAACGUGAUUGAGGAGGAUGUCAAGGGCUCCAAGAAACUGGCGGCUUUCGGGAAGCCGGUCCCCUUCAACUACGGCUGCUUCCCGCAGACGUAUCGGGAUCCAGAGAAGGCUGACGAGCUCUACCAGGCUCCAGGCGAUGAUGAUCCGUUGGAUGUGAUUGACCUCUCUGACACUCCAACAGAGGUUGGCACGGUUGUCCGCUGCCGUGUUCUCGGUGCCGUCUGCCUGAUCGAUGAAGGCCAGGCAGAUUGGAAGGUGAUGGUUGUGAACGUGGACUCGAAGAGUGCUCUCGCCAAUGCCUACACUAUUGAGGACGUAGAACGCAUUUCGCCCGGGCGCAUCCAGUCUUGCUGGACCUGGAUGGAUGAGCUCAAGAGUGGUGGUGGCAAAGGGAAUGCCAAACUUCAUCGUGAAAUUCACGACGCCAACCGAGCGUUGAAGUUGAUUGCCCAGGACCACGACUCCUGGAAGAAACUUGUGAGCUCUGCCGGACCUGAUGGCACUGCCCGUGGUCAUUGGAUUUGCUCGCCUCAAAGCGAAGCUGAGACGAGAGCCCAGGUCUUGAAGCUUGGAUGGGCACCGCCCUGUGUUGUGCCCGGACAACAGGUGCGCUCUCCCUGCAUGCUGGCCGGAGCGGCGCGCGUGUCUGUGCUCGCCAGGGCGGCUCGAGCUGGGAGCGCUUCCGUCAGCCCUCUGGAGCCAGGACCCUGCAAGCUUUUCGUUGGCGGCAUCUCCGCGCAGACGUGCACCGAGGCACUUCAAUCCCACUUCGCCAAGUACGGGCAUGUCAUCGAUGCUGUGGUCAUGUCCAGAGAUGGCAAAGCCCGAGGCUUCGGCUUCGUGACCUUCAACUCGGUAGUGGCAGCUGCGAAUGCGCUUUCGGAGCCGCAGUGGCUGGAUGGGCGACUCGUAGAUGUGAAACGAGCAGUACCAGGAGAGCGCGUCCAGGAGAGAAGCUCAAACAAGAUCUUCAUUGGUGGUCUUCCGCAGGAUGUCACAACCGAAGCUCUGCGUGAGUACUUCAGCGCGUAUGGUUCCGUAGCGGUCGCCAAGCACUUGUGCGCGUUGAUCUGUGUGGCUGAGGUUGUCAUGGUUGACCGUCGGACCCGACGUUCUCGUGGGUUUGGCUUCGUGCGCUUUGCCAACGGGGGGGCAGAGCAGAGUGCUGUGCAGGCAGUGCUUAUGGACUUUUCCGAUCACUGGCUCGGAUAUGCAGGCAUGCUCGUCGCAGUCUUCUGGCUCAACACACAUACCACCUAUUGGACUCGGUCCCAAGCUGUGAGCCUGUACUGCGCUCCUUCGCAUCGCUUGCUUGCAGUUCUGUCUGGCGGGAAAUGCAACAGGUCAGCAACAGCCGAGGAUGAGACUUGUCAGGAAUUGUCUGGGGUGUCUGCAGAGGCUAUCUUGCAGCAGGAGGAGACGCUGCCAAGCUCCCUCAACAAGAAGACGGAUGAGGAUGCUGGUGGUCCCGUGCCUUUACUCUUGGAGGAGGAGGUGCGGAUCUGCCCCAUCAGCGGCUUGUCGACGCUACAGGGAGCAUGCCCCUUUGCCAAGCCGAAAGCAAAGGCCAAAGACGGGGGCAAGAAGCAGAGGGCCGCCGUGAAAUUGGACUUCCAGUGGGAACAGGCUGAGAGCCAGGUGACGAUCAGCGUCCGGGCACAUCCGACGGACGCGUUCGUGACCCUCGAGCUGCCGGAUAGUGCCUCGCAGCAGGAGAUAAAGCGCCAGUACAAAGCCCUGUCCCUUCGACACCACCCAGACAAGAACCAGGAGGAUCCGGAUGCAACUGACCGAUUCCAAAGGAUCAAGGACGCAUACCAGGCCCUCAAGGACACUGAUGGCGAGCUUGCUUUCCCUUGGGCCGAUUAUCCCGAGAAGCAGCAGGUGAUGCCAGGAAAUGAAGCCAUCGCCAUCUUUGCAGAGGUCGGACGGGAGGCCUGUGAAGAGCAUCACUUCCAGGGCUUGCAGCUCCGGCAUCUCGUGAAGUCCUCGAAUGUGCAGGUGUUGAAGUUUGAGCGAGAGCUCGAGGAGGGGCGUGUCACAGAAUGCGAACUUCAAGCCUUGUGUACGGACUCGUCUCACUUCGUAAAUCACCUGGUGAAGGUCCAUCGGCGCGAUGCCUGGGAAUUCCAGGAAAGUUAG